AUAAACGCGCAACAAACCCUCGAGAGAGGACGAAGUAUGGGGUUAUUCGAUCGUUUAGCAAAUCUUUUAGGUCUUAGGAAAAAAGAAGUGAACGUUUUAGUAGUGGGCCUAAACAACAGUGGUAAGUCGACGGUCAUAAAUAAUUUCAAACGUGAGGAUGACCGUUGCAUAGACAUAGUGCCCACUGUUGGGUAUAAUGUUGAAAAAUUUUCAUUUAAGAAUAUCAAUUUUACGGCGUUUGAUAUGUCUGGCCACGACCGGCACAGGUCGCUGUGGGAACAUUAUUACAAAGAUUGUCACGGGAUUAUUUUUAUAAUCGACAGCAGCGAUAAACUGCGAUUAGUUGUUGUUAAGGAGGAAUUAGAUAUGCUUCUUCAGCAUCCAGACGUAGCAGGCCGUAAAUUACCAAUCUUAUUUCUGGCAAACAAGAUGGACUUGCCUGAAUCUUUAACUACUGUCAAACUCGUGGCUGGCCUUGGACUUGACCGGAUUCACAACAAACCGUGGCACAUACGUGCAACGAAUGCAAUCACUGGAGAAGGCUUACAAACAGGCAUAGAAUGGCUCACGGAUCAAAUUCGAGAUAUAUAUAUUAAUAAAAGAUAAUUAAAUAAAAUUGCACUACUCUUGUACCUGUACGUCUAUCCAUUGAAUAAAAUAUUGACAAAUUUAUCCUAA